AUGGCACUCCGGCGGGUUAACAUCGGCGCCAGUCGGCGACGGAGAAGGGAUGAGGAAGGCGAGGACGAAGGCUCAAUAGACGGAGAACUGGAGGAUGACUCGCUGAGCGAGGGUUCCGGCGUCACGCAUCAGGAUGACGAUGACGCCGACGGUGAAGGGAGUGAUGAAAGCGAUGAUGAGGUGUCGACGUCUGGGCCGGGGAAUACCACCAAUGGGCAUCAAGUCAACGGUCGACGGUCCGAUACAAACUCCCAGCAGUCGGGUCGCCAUUCAAGCUCGCCAGGGAAACGUCCCCAGGCCACCACGGCCAUGUCGGACACCGAGGCCAUGAUGAAUGGGAUGAAGAUUGCGGACACGAACGAGGUCACCGAACUCCACUUCGAUGAUCUGAAGGGUACUUCAGGGCUCCCAACGGGCAGGACGCCGUCUGCACCACCGACGGAACCCAAGAGAGAUACUGUUGCAGACAGGAAGCGUCGGGAGCCAGAGAAAGGGCCGAAGGACAGGGACGAGAAUCCCGCGGUCGUUCCCACUCGGGGGAGCUUCUUUCUUCACGAUAAGCGGUCCACCGAGUCCGCAUCGAACGGUCACAAGUCGUCUUCCAGGACGAAGUCGAGACCGUAUGGACUCAUCGUGGAUGGCACUAUACGAAGGGACACCGCAAAGCCUGCUAGCGAAGGUGUCUGGACGCAUGAUCUCCACGAAACGGUUGCCGGGGAUGACCCUCCUACCGUCAAGCCGACACCGACCUCCACCUUCAACAACCCUCCAAAGCAGGUUCCCACCGCUCCCAGAACGUCACCUCCCAAUCGAUCGCUCUCCAGUACGACAGUCCUUGGAAAUGUGCCUGUAGUCGUCCUCCUACCCGGCAUGGCUCAGCCAGCCUCCUUCCAGGCGUUGAAAAAGCAACACACACGUCUCCCCCAGCAUCGCCCACCCUUACGUCGUGACAAACCGGUUCGGAUCUCUCUCCCGGGACAAGCGCCACGGUAUAUCUUCCCAGCCCUCGAGCGCUCGUUUAUCUUCAUUCCCCGAGCGCUACGACCCAAUCAGCAGGCCUAUCGUGGCCGCGGUCGCGGGGGAUUCUAUGGCGGUCGGCGUCCGAGCGUUUACGCUGCUUCGUCAUACACGCCUAGUGUUGUGAGUCGACGGUCGUCACUCGGAAAGGCUAUUCCACAAGAAGGAUAUCACUCACCAGCUGCUGCGGUUGUCUCCCGGCCGGCGAUGAUGCCCACCGACAACAAACCCGUCGUUCGCCUCCCUCCUCCUCGUCCUCUCCCUGCUGGUCCAGGCAUGCCGCCCACUGCUGUCCCUGCGUCUCUUCCGCCGCCCCCACUGCACCCUGCCUAUCGAGAGAGCCGCCCGGCACCCAUUCCGAUGCAUCAACCGCGACCGCAGAAGGCGGUUUCUGUUGCCGAUAUCGAAACACCGGCCGCGUUCCCGUUCAACCCACCCCAGCCUCAGCAAGAACAGCCGUUCCAUCACCAGGUGCCGGUCCAUGCAAACGGAUCCGUGCACGUCACGGAUACUCAUCCUCCUUCCACGCACUCCUCGGUGACGCCACUGUCGCACAUUCCCGAACGUGCGAUCCACGCGCAACCGUUUCAACCCUACGGCUUCCAGCCCAUUCCACCGUACUACCCGGCGGCAUAUCCUCCUGGCGGUGCCUACUAUCCUGGGUCGGGGCCCGAAUACCCCGCUUAUAACGCCGGGGUGCCACCGUAUGGCUCCGGGCAGGUUCCAUACGUGGUAGCAGGCGCCCCGCCCUCAACGGAACAGACCUCCCAGUCGGGCACGGUUGCCCACGAGGCUGGUGGUACGGUGUAUUUCUACGAUGCUAUGCAAAUGUAUCCGGGUUCGCCUUAUGGGGUGCCUGGGACAGGCGCACCGGGACCGGGCGGGGUGAUGGGCAUGGGGGGUAUGAUGACGCCUCCUGGGGCGGCGUAUUACUACCCGCCCCCGCAAGGGCCCCAGGGAGGUGUCUACUACCCCGCGCAAUGA